AUGGCUACGACAAACCUUAAAAACACAGUCGCACUAUAUUAUCCCGCUAUAGCCACGAAGCAUGUCCUUGGUAACGAACGAAAGCAAUCUAGCGCCAAUCUUUUACGAAUUCAUCCGACAUUCACACAGGGAAUAUUAGACGCAGCGCCAGGUAUUAUAACAUUGUGCUGCUCACUGAGGAUAAAGAAAAAACUCUUUAAAGAGGUUCAGAUGUCAAUGGUCUUGGCAAUGCAUCAGACAGAGCAACAGUAUUUCACGCUAGCGCUAGAGACGACACUCAAUUACACGGAAUAUCAUUGUGAAAACAGAUAUCGCGGGCUUUAA